AUGGGAUCCAUCCGCACAAAACACGCAGUAAUCUCCGGAGCAUGCUCAGGCAUCGGCCUGGCCCUUGCCCGCUCUCUCCUCGACCAACCCGACUGGAAGGUCGUCUGCGCAGACAUCCGGCCCGAGUCAUGGAAGAACCUGAAUCCUCCACUGGACUCCUCCCGGGCGACGUUUGUCGAAUGCGAUAUCGCUGACUGGGAUAGCCAUGCUGCGCUGUUCAAGAAGGCUUUCGAGUGGACCGGCGGGCAGAUCGACUUCUACGCCGCCAAUGCAGGCAUCGGCGACCGAGAGAGCUUGCUAUUUCCUUGGGACCUUGAGGCUGAGCCUACGAAGCCCAAUCUGGACUGUAUUGCUGUGUGUGAGCUGGCUAACUACUAUGGCAUGAAGCUCUUCGUGCACUAUGCACGGAAGACUCAGCAGCGGCUAGGUGCAGACCAUGCGAAGAUCUAUCAUCCUAAAGUCGUCAUGACAGCCAGCUGCGUCGCGCAGUAUCCAUUCCCAAUCGCGCCACAGUAUAGCGCGGCCAAGCAUGCCAUACUGGGAUACACACGCGCCAUCGGCGGCACCUUGUACGCCAAGGAUAACAUCACUGUCAAUUGCAUCAUGCCUGCCGUGGUCGACACGGGCAUCCUACCCGGUGACCUGAAGGAACGCUGGCCGAAAGGCUGGCUCACGCCUUUGAGCACGAUGGUGCGCGCAUUCCAAGAGCUCAUCGACGAGACUGGGAAGGUGCAACAAGAUGGCAAGAGUGAUGGUAAGGAUGGGGUUGUGAAGACGGCUCAGAGCGUGGAGUGUGCGCUUGACCGACUGUACUAUAGGGAGCCUGUGGCGGCGCCGGAUGAGAGCCAGGCGUUCAUGGUGAAGGAUAGCGUUGAUCCGAACGGUGUAUGGGCAGCCUCGGUGAAUGCAGUUUGGCAGGCGAGGGUUGCGGCUGGCGAUACUAGUAGCAGUGUUGGUGGUCAGUAG